AAAUUUCCAUCGCAUUGAAAGGGCAGCGGGCCAUGAGCUCCGGCAGACAGCUGGCAGACGGACUGACUGCAGCUCCACUGCUGAUGCCUGUAUUGAGCCGAGAGGUGCAGUUGAUGCGGUCUGUCUGGCUCCUCCGUCUGGAGUGAAGCCUCUCUGAACUAAAACCAGAGGAACCAUCAUGGACAAACCACAGAGGUGUGCCUGUAAUGCUCAGGGGUGAGGAGGAGAGCAGCUGAGGAGGAGGAGAUGGGCUGCACCUCUGCCAAGCAGGUGUCUGCCGUGCCCAACGGUGAGGAGGGCCAGAAUAAAGCCUACAGCAACGGGGACCUCCUCUCUGAUGAGUACAAGAUGAAGGGAGUGGAGAAAGUCAAGUACAUCAGUGGAGACGAGGGAGGAGUGGACGGCCAGGACAGCACAGAGAAAAGUGCUCUCCUCGGUAAAGGUCAACAAAUGGAUGAAACAGGGUCAAAUGGAAAUGGAAAGAUUCUGAGUAUCCACUCCUCAGAGAGUCAGCAGGAAUUCUUUAGGAUGCUGGAUGAGAAAAUUGAAAAAGGCCGGGACUACUGCUCAGAGGAGGAUGAUCUGACAUAGCACUGUGGUCGUAUAUCCAACAGCUCCGAUACGAAAGAACUGUGAUCGCAGUGCUACAGCUGGACCGUAUCAUGUGUUACCAUGUGGGGGGGGGGGGGGGGACUGUCCCUUGUAAGUACACGCCUGAGAAAAACGGAUUACUGACUUGAAUCAAGCACCUUUUUGCCCUCCUGCACACAACCUCAGUUCCUGCUUAUAUAUCAACCAAGAGAGAAAUGACCACAAUUCAAAGAUGGUUUAUAACUUUUACUUCCUUAAUGAAGCCAUUGCAAGAUGACAGAGAUGUUGGGAUUUUAAGAUACACCUGCUUUUCUUUCCCUCCCUGGAUAUAAGUCCUGGACCGUGGCCGCCACUGAGACUUUCCGUAGACAUUUGAAACAAACUGUCGCACAUAUACAUUUCCAGCAGAAGCAACCAGUGCUCUCAUGGACACUCAAAGUGAAAAUAACCUCUCUAUCUGCAUCAUUUUGAAAAUUUCGUCCUUGAAUGCCUCCCUAAAAAGUCAAGUUUGAAAACUUCCUGCAUUCCAAGACACAGUAUGAACCUCUUUUCUACAGUAUGUUGGCCGGUGCAGUGUGUUUGUCUGUCCAUGUCUGUUUCUGCGAUGAUGUAGAGUAUUUAUGUUGAAUAAGGCUCAGGGUUGAAGUGUUGUAAUCUCUGUCUCAUGUAGUCGAGUCCUUCCUCUCAUUUAGACACUGUUGCACCAUUAAAGAGACACUCAUGCACUCACACAGCAGGGUCACUCAUGUCCCCUGUUUCAGUAUACGUCCCGUGCUGACCCUGCAGGGUGGACACUGCUACGUCACACAUAAGUCUGAUUUUGCUCACCAGUGUUAUGUUGUUGUGUUCAGUUUCUAUGUUGAAUUUUUGUUUUUCUAGAAAAAUAAAAAGUGUUUUCGGUAACUUAUCCAUUCAUCUGACAAUGUUGUGUCACUUUAAAGAAAAGCCAAAAGAACAAAGUGCCAGAUGACUCGUUUUGUCAACAAUAAUACUCCCUGCAGCUCAGCUAGUUGGCAUUAUUCAAAU